UCCAUAGAAUCAAAAUUCGGCAAUUAACAACAGCCAGUUGAUCUCUCUCAUCUCUCUCAUCUUCAUCUUCUUCUCUCUUAGCUCUGAACAAAAGGAAGAAAAUAUUCCGGGAAAAUGCCCGAGCUUCAAGAUGAGAUUCGUACAUAUUCUUCAUCCAAACUACUACGGGAAACCGGAACUGUUCCUCCUCCGCCGCCGCCGCCGCCGUCGCACAGAGAUUCGAUGAUGGAUCUCGAUCUAGACGGUUCCUGGUCGUUCGAUCAGAUCUUCACCGCUAAUCAGAUGUCUCCGUUCUUCUUUUCGUCUUCCGAACAACCUUACUCACCACUUUGGGCGUUUUCUGAUGUUAACGAUGAUAAUAAACUAGUUGAAAACGAUGCGUCAACGCUAGCCGCAGAUAAUCCAGAUUCUCAAAUGGAUAGCCAAGCAGGAACAUGUGAAAAGAGAAAACAACCUACGCCAUUUCUGGCAAUGACACCAACAGAUUAUCCAGAUAGUUCUUGUCUUCUAAAGGAAAGGAUGACACAAGCGUUGAGACACUUCAAAGAUUCAACAGAACAACACGUAUUGGCGCAGGUCUGGGCACCUGUUAAGAACGGGGGUCGCUAUGUUUUAACAACUUCAGAGCAACCUUUCUUCCUCGAUCCACAUAGUCACGGGUUGUAUCAAUAUAGGACUGUUUCUUUGAUGUAUUCAUUUUCUGUAGAUGGUGAAAGUGAUGGAGUUCUUGGACUUCCUGGCCGCGUUUUCAGGCAAAAGAUGCCUGAAUGGACACCUAAUGUACAGUAUUAUUCGAGCAAAGAGUAUACAAGGCUUAAUCAUGCUCUGUAUUACAAUGUCCGUGGAACUUUAGCAUUGCCUGUUUUUGAACCUUCUGGUCAAAGGUGUAUUGGAGUACUUGAACUCAUAAUGACUUCACAAAAGACCAGUUAUGCUCCCGAGGUUGACAAAGUCUGCAAAGCGCUCGAGGCGGUGAAUCUGAAGAGUUCUGAGAUCUUAGAACAUCCAGAAACACAGAUUUGUAAUGAAGGUCGCCAAAAUGCAUUGGCUGAAAUCUUGGAGAUAUUAGCUGUGGUUUGUGAGCAACACAAAUUACCACUCGCCCAGACUUGGGUUCCAUGUAUGCAUCGCAGUGUUCUUACUGACGGAGGCGGUUUCAAGAAAAGCUGUCGUAGCUUUGAUGGAAGCUGCAUAGAUCGAGUCUGCAUGUCCACAACAGAUGCAGCUUUUUACGUUGUAGAUGCUAUUAUGUGGGGUUUUAGAGAGGCCUGUGCUGAGCAUCAUUUGCAAAAAGGUCAAGGUGUAGUUGGCCGAGCAUUUGCAUCACAAAACGCAUGUUUCUGUGAAGAUAUUACCAAAUUUCGUAAGAACGAGUACCCAUUAGCUCAUUAUGCACGUAUGUUCAAGUUAACAAGUUUGUUUGCGAUCUGCUUAAGGAGCACUCAUACUGGAAACGACGAAUAUAUUCUCGAGUUCUUUCUUCCGCUUGAUAUGCGAGACAGCAGAGAACAACAGACAGUGUUGGACUCGAUACUUGUAACUAUGAAAAGACAUUUUCAGAGUCUUAAAGUUGCAUCUGGUAAAGAACUUGAAGAAGCAGGGAGAUGCAUUGAAAUCAUUAAAGCCCCUUUAGAUGAAAGAAAUGAAUCUGAACUCGAAUCGCAAAAUGAAGGAUGUCAGAAUCGUUGGGAGUAG